AUGCGAUUCUUGGACGGCGUGCAGUGCAACAUAGAGAGAUUCAAAGUCAUGAAUCUGAUAAAUUCUUGUGAUAUUUCAAACCAUGUAUUGUGCCACUUGAAGGUGGUGUUGCAACUGGAUUCAAGGAAACCUGAAGAAAUGGAAUUUGAAACACGAUUGUACAUAUGCAAAGGGAAAAGAGUUGUUCAUGUGAAGCAGAUUCAAUUCUUUCGAUCUUUGUUGAAUCAUGAUGAUGUGUUUAUCUUGGAUACUAAAGAGAAGAUCUUUCAAUUCAUUGGAGCAAACUCAAACAUUCAAGAAAGAGCUAAAGCUCUCGAGGUUAUUCAGUAUUUGAAGGACACUUAUCAUGAGAUGAUGGAAAACUACAAGAGGAAGGUUAUUCAGGUGAAUUCUGGGUUAUUUUUGGAGGGUUUGCUCCUAUUGGCAAGAAGCAUUGGUGGAUCAGGGAUUCCUAUCUAUAGUAUCUCAAGUAGCAACAUAAUUUCAAGGAAAAAGCACAUCUGA